AUGUCAAAUAUAUUCCCUCCAAUCAAUAGUGUUCGACCAGAGCCAGACGUCGGCGCUGAGAGUAAUGGCUCUUAUUCACCAUCUGCUUCAAAAUUUCAACGACAAAUAUCAUUUACAAACAAUGAUCGAAGUCCAUUAGGAAGUAAAACUAUAGCUACAAGUAAACAGUUCACCGUUGCUGCUACACAUGGCACAUCGGCAGAAUUGAAACAUGCGACAAAUGGAGGAAACCGAAACAGUACAGCUUUACAAAAGAGAUCAUCAUUUGCUCAAAAUAAUCCACAACUUGAGACCAAUAAAAUUGCUUAUCGUGCAAGCGAUUAUUCUUGGAAUGACAACGGCAUCACAUCUAGUAAUAAUAUCAUUGGUGUGUCAAGUUCAACAAAAAUGAAAUUAUCUUCAGUUAAAAAUCUUACUAACGGCGCUCUGUAUGAAAAGAACGGUAUAUCCAGUUCUCUUUUACAUACAUCGAAUAAUAAUAAUACGACUGAUAAUCGACGAACAGAUUUAAAUGGUGAUAUUAUUUUAUCAGCACCGAAAUCUCGUCAAACAAGAAUAAAUAAAACAAACAGUCAUUGUGAGAAAAAUAUAAAUUUUGCUCCUGUACGUAGUGAAAGUUAUCGUUCUACAGGUGACUAUAGUCGAGGUUUGCGACUAGAAUAUACAAAUGUUAGCUCAGUUUUAUCGAAAACACCUCGACCAAGAAAUAUAAUAUCUAGACAACGUAGUCAUAUUAACUCAAAAACAUCCUUUCAUGAAGAAUAUUAUGAUAUGAGUAGUGGAAUAAACAACGAGAAUAGUAAUAUUGGUGGUAGUACACAACAAUUAACUCGAUUAAGUGGACCAUCAUUUGAUUUUACAACAAAUCGAAAAUCGUCUUAUCCUAAUAAAAGUAAUACAUUCAAUCUCGGAUUAAAUAAUUAUUAUUCAUCUACGAAUGAAUUACGAUUACGAGAACAAUUACAUCGAAGUGAAACAAAUAUAGAUAAAAUGAAAUAUAUGAUAUCAAAAGAUUUGAAUAUACAACAAUAUCAAACAACGUCUGCAACUCCAACAGUGCCUAUGACAACUGUGCCAAAAUCUUGUACAGAAACAAAUAAUAUAAAUUUAAAAGAAAAUGAACGUAUUCCAUCAGCAACAUCUUAUAAAUCUCGUGAUCCAAAUGUUUCUUAUGCAUAUACAGAUGUCAAAAAAUAUAUUGAAGAAAAUGAUUUAAUGUCACCAGAAAAAGAACAAAUAAUAAAAAAUUGGAUUCAAGAUGUUGAAAAAAAUCGAGAUAAAUUAGAAAAAAUGGAUAAUUAG